AUGGGCAAAGGUCUGAAAUCCCUUUCUUUCGUCGCGUUCGUUCUUCUUCUUCUUCUUCUUUUUUCCUCUGUUCUCUUUGUCACCAUCGAUGCUCGUCCUAUCAAAACUUUAGUAGAUCAAGAAAACACGAUAAAUAAUAAUGAGAUUACGAAGGUUUUGGAUAUGCUACAUUUGGAGGCUGUAAAAAAUGGAGGGCCUAGUCGUGGUGGAGACGGGCAUGCUUCAACAAGUGUCGUAACUCUCGAGGGAAUGAUCAAGCAAUCGGGCCCAAGCCCUGGAGAUGGACAUUAA